AUCCACUAUAAAUACCCUUCUUUUCUUCAUAAUCUGCAUAUAUCAUCCAAAAUAUCUAUCUAGCUACUUCUGAGCCAACUAGCAAUGAAUGUGUCAACGGCCAAAUCCAUUUUCCUAGUGAUCAUUGUUGUUAUUUUGGUGUCCUUACAUGCUGAUGCCUAUGAUCCCGAACCUUUGCAGGAUUUCUGUGUUGCUGUCCAUGACACAGACGCUGCCGUAUUCGUGAAUGGUAAGAUCUGCAAGAAUCCCGACACGGUCACCCCAGACGACUUCUAUUUCUCAGGCCUCAACAGGGUCGGCAACAUAACAAGCCCUUUCGGGACAGUGGUGACUAAAGUAUUCGUUGAUGAGAUGCCCGCUCUCAAUACUCUCGGCUUAGCCAUGUCUCGCAUCGACUACGGACCCUACGGAGCCAACCCACCCCACUCCCAUCCCCACGCCUCGGAAAUCCUAAUGGUGAUGGAAGGCAUGCUCUACGUGGGCUUCAUAUCCACUAACCCUCCCAACCCUUACGACAACAACAAACUCUACUCAAAGGUCAUAGGCCCGGGAGACAUUUACGUAUUCCCCAAGGGACUCGUACAUUUUCAGUACAAUCUCGAGAAGAGUAAAGCACUUGCGUUCGCGAGCUUUAGCAGCCAAAAGCCGGGACUCGUGACGAUUUCAAAGGCGAUCUUCGGGUCAGAGCCUUCGGUCUACCCGGAUCUUCUCGCCAAGUCGUUCCAGAUGAGCCAUAAAGAGGUCAAUCAUUUACUAUCCUUGGAGUGGAUCGGGAACGCCUAGUCGAAAUACACGAAGAUUGAUCGUGUUAGUAUUUCCGUUUUUGGGUUGGAUUGGAUGGUGGUGUUGUUCGAUUGUGGAGUGUGAGUGUGCACGCGCGGAGUGAAGUUUGUAAGGCUGAAUCGUAAGACCAGCUAUUGUUGUUUUUCUUUUGAGAGAAUGUGUUUCGAAGUUUGUUGUGGGUCAUUUGGUAAUUUAUCUAUGAAGUAAAACUCUUUGAUGUACUAUUAUAAAGAACGAGUGAUUUUAU